AUGAUGAAGACAUCAAGAAUGACGUGGCUCUUCGUCCUGCAGUCUGUGCUCUGUGUUAUCGGCCUCGACGGCUUCGUGUUGUUGAUGAACAUCCUGUUCGAAUACAUUGAAAAAUUGGAUGAGUUCCCACGAGACCUCAUCUCCGGAUGUAUAACCGCAGGCAUUCUGGUCUCCCUAACCUGCCUGUACCUUAUGACAUCCGCACGCCUCGUGAUUAAGGAGAAGAAGCAGAAGGACCUUAUCCAUCUACUCGAUGAUGAUUCGGUUCUCAAAAGCAGAGUCCUUGAGCUGAAGGAGGAGGACCCCUCCGUCGAUCGAAUGGAGACAUCGGAGAAGAUUUGGAUGGCAAUUCAGGUGUUUAUGAUGCUCUGUUACGUCGUCGACAAGGGCUUGAGUGUGUGGUUGAAAAUCUCGAUCGGGUUGGCGGAGGGGUUCCCAUCAUACCUCAACCUCCGAUGUAUGACGGCAUGGAUUCUGGCCUACGUAGUUCGUCCCUAUAGAGAGACAUCCCGACUCGUCGAGCAGAAGCAAGCUGAACUUGAUCGUUGUCUGCUGCCUGAUCCAAUUAUCAGAAACAGAGUCCUUGAGUUGGAGAAGAAGAAGAAGAAGGGCUCCUCCUUUGCAGCUUCGUUCGACCCUGAGAUUGCUGCCAACUUUUUUAUGGCAAUUUUAUUUUCAUCAUUCAUAAUUUGUUUUUUGCAUUUUUCUGAUUACAUUCGCUCCGUUUUAGGGAUUGUUGAGGGAUCGUCUUAG